GGCAACAGAUCGCAUCAAUGUCAACAAUGUGGAAAAUCUUUUGCAACUUCCAGCGGUUUGAAGCAACAUCAGCAUAUUCACAGCAGCGUUAAACCAUUCCAAUGCGAAGUCUGCCACAAAGCUUACACGCAGUUCUCCAACCUCUGCCGUCACAAACGCAUGCACGCUGAUUGCAGACAGCAAAUUAAAUGCUACGAGUGUGGACAGAUCUUCUCAACGAACACAUCGUUGGGCAAACACAAACGU